AUGUAUGGAUCGGCUACUGGAGCCGCUGCCGCUGACUGUCAGUCGACGCAUGAUUUCUAUCCAACCAACAUGCCUCUACAGGGUUACAACACUGAUGAAAUGAAUCUCGCUCCGGGCGGGUACAGUCUGCAGUCCUGCGGCGCUGGGGGCGCAGAACAACCGGAAGAGACUGUAAAUGGUCCCCCACCGGCCCUCUAUGAGGCGGCGGCGCCGAAGCACAUGACAACAAUAUAUCAGUCCCUGAAGACAUUUAUCAGUCGUCGCGUCGACACCCGUGCGGCAAACAUUGCCAGGAAUUUACGUGAAGUAAUACAGAUUGCACAGGAGCUAUUACGUGAAGUUGAAUUACAGGAACCACGUUUUAUUAACACCCUUAAACCUAUCGUCAGCAGCGGCGGUGGUGGAGGAGGAGGGGAAGUAAGGACCACUCAUAUCAGCAAGCUGGGCGUCGAGGCGGAACUGUACGAGGGUCUGCGAGUUAACUCGGCGAAUGAAUUUGAGGUCAUUCUCUUCCUCAAUCAGAUGGGAGUCUUCAAUUUCGUCGAUGAUGGUAGUGUACCUGGUGGAGCCGUCCUGAAACUCUCUGACGGGCGCAAACGCUCAAUGUCUCUGUGGGUGGAAUUUAUUACUGCUUCUGGCUAUCUUUCUGCACGAAAGAUUCGUGUCCGUUUUCACAGUCUUGUUGCGCAGGCAAUCGAUAAGUGCGCCUAUCGUGGCAUUCUCCAGCUAGUGGGUCAACACAGUGAAGUGCGGAUUCGCAUUCGUGAUCGAUACACCCUUCAGAUAACUCCGGCCUUUCGCUGCCAGGGCCUUUGGCCGCGUUCAGCCAGUCACUGGCCAAGUAACAACCGGUCGGCCAACCCUAAUGCGUGGAUGCUCUGGCCACCACCUAGGCUGAUUUCCGAGGUGAAGCACGAAGGCUUCACCCUCCUCAGCCAGGAAUCCACCUACAUACGCGACAAGCAGACCUCCGCAGAGGGAGAUGCCUGGUUGUUAGACUUCCACGAGGCCGAGGAGAGUCUGCUUAACCAGGGCUCUCGUCAGCUCUGUUUGGACGUCCUAACCACCCUAGUGGAACGCCAUCUAACCUCCAACUGCGCCAGCAGUGAAGAAGGCGGACAACAACAGCAUGUGGAUGAAUGCUAUGGAGCAAAGCUGGGUGCCGAGAGUCCGCUCAUCUAUGACUACUACAUAAAAACCUUGGUGUUGCAUGAGUGUGAGAAACAUCCGCAUGAAGAGGACUGGACGGAGUUUACCAUCCCUGACCGGAUUAGUGGGAUCUUACUGCAACUAAUUUCCUGUCUGCAGCAUCGUCACUGCCCGCAUUACUUUCUGCCUCAAUUGAACCUCUUUCGACGUCAGACGCCAUUGGCCAUGGAGCUGGCAGCUCGAAGGGCCUGGAGCCUGCUACGAACAUUAAUUACCUGUCCGACGGCCUUUGAAAGACUCUGA